UUCACUUGUUUUUUUUUAUUUAUCUUUGUGAAUUGGGGGGGUUUGUGCGGCUUCCUACAAUAAGCGACGACCCGAUACUAGAUCCAGCCCAACGCUUAUUCCAACGCAAAUUCUGGUCACAUGGACCGUGAUAACGCCCAAAGCAGCCUGCGCUAUCACGACCAACCGCUGCUAGAUUAGCAGAUAGCAGCAAAUCGCCUCUAACCCCCUGCGCAAGCGCCCACACGUCAGGCAACGACAAAAAUGCCCGUUUUCGUGGGAAGACCCUGCUCCAAUUUCCCCCCCGAACUACUCGAUUCGGCAUCGGCCAUGCUGUGGUUGGUCAAUCGCCGGCUUCCCCACGGCCAGAUCCCCUUCUUUUCUUCUCUCGCCUUCUCCAGCGUCCACUCCGAUUGCGUGAUCCAGACCACCGCAGGCGUGCGAGCCGCUGCUUAGAGCCAGAGCAGCACUGUAUAUGCGUCAACGGGGAGGGACUGUAUGGGCUAAUGGCUUUGCUGCAUGUGGGGAAGAUACGCCAAUGCCCGUUAGUGCAUGUAUGAUUCCUACAGCACUACUAUCGGCAGCAGUGGCAAUGCAAGAUGCGGCUGACAAACUCUCUGCUGCUCCGUCUUGGAGGACCCUGAAUCCGGGAGAUCGAAAUGUCCCCCUCCUGGACGCGUACAGUAACUAGCGUCGUUGAUCGCCGUGACAGCCAAGAGGCGCCUGGUCAGGAGUAAUCAUAUGACGAACGACUACGUAUGCCAGUAAGGAGAGGCAUGAGGAGAUCGUCGAGCAGCAGCCAGAAUAUCAGUGAUGGGACCG